GUCAGUUGGGGAUGAACCGAUGGAGAGAGUCUCGCACCGACAGACAGACAGUAAAAGCAAGAUUCACCACUUGGCCGACAUUUCAAAUUUCCAAUUAAUGGUGUCCCAAUGGAAAAGUCCCAAUCUCCACACCAAGAAAUGAACAACGCGACAAAGUUUCCCUCGUAUCCAGUAGUCGAUGAACAGAGAGUGGCGCAUGAUCUGAAGAGCUUGCAGAUUUCUCCUAUCAUUACUUCCCGGGUCCUACGUCGAUGGAGAAGGGGCAGGGAUGCCGGAGAUUCCUCUCCGCAAUGGCCAUUUGUUUCAUAGCGUUGCCUAUUUUGGUCAUCUUGAUCCCUGGAAUCCAUCAGAAAGCGUCCACCUUUGAUGUCAUUGGGCGAUUGUACAAACCGCACCCAGUGGGAGAACGAGUUCAGAAUCUCCAUGGGUUGUCGUCUGAUCUGGGUAAGACUGAUUUCUUCACUGGGUCUGUUAAGAGUUUCACAGAAUAGCCACCAGGUUGCAGAACCAAGCCAAUGCACACCACCUGUUUGAUGAAUGGUCUCUUUGCUUCAGGGUUUGAUGAAAAGUCGUGCUUAAGCAGAUUGCAGAGCAGGCGUUACCGCAAAUCUGGAACCCAGAGGAAACCUUCUGCUUAUUUACUCUCCAAACUUCGAAUCUACGAGGCUCUCCAUAGGCAUUGUGGCCCUUACACUGAAUCCUACAACAGAACUGUACAACUUAUCGGGUCAGGGGAUCUCAGUACCUUCAGUAGUACCAAUUGUAAAUAUCUCGUAUGGCAUCCUGUGCAUGGGAUAGGAAACAGAAUUGUAAGUCUGGCUUCCACCUUUCUGUAUGCUUUACUAACAGACAGAGUCCUUCUUGUUGAUCUUGGAGAAGACAUGACUGGCCUCUUCUGUGAGCCAUUUCGGGGUUCGUCCUGGGUGAUGCCUCGGGAGUUUCCUCUCAAGAGCCUUUUCCGUAGGAACGCGUUUAGAUUCGCUCACAGUGUUGGCAGUGCUCUGAAGAAUGGCACAUUGAAAGUGACAGAAGAUUCCCCAGAAGCACCACCAUUCCUUUUUUUGAAUCUCUACAAAGGGAUCUAUGCGGAUGCAGAUUAUUGUUUCUACUGUGAUGAAAGCCAGUCGUUUCUUAGCAGAGUGCCCUGGUUGAUUAUGCUAUCAGAUCAAUACUUCAUGCCUUCCUUCUUCCUCAUACCUUCAUUCAAACAGGAGGCUAGCAAAUUGUUCCCAGAGAAAGAGGCAGUCUUUUUUCACCUGGUUCAUUAUCUUGUGCACCCGUCAAAUAGGGUUUGGGAGCUGAUCACCAGGUUCUAUGACGCAAACCUUGCUAGUGCGAAUGAAAGGAUUGGCCUCCAAGUAAGACUCUUCAAAGCCCAAUUCCGCACAUCUACUGUCUUUACCGAUCAGAUUCUGGCUUGCUUGCUGAACCAAAACCUUCUUCCCAAGAUUGACAACCGGAGUCAAGAACUUUCUUCGUCCGCACCUAGAAACCAGACAACAAAAGCUGUCUUGAUAACAUCCCUGUACCCUCAAUUCUAUCAGAACCUCAGCACAAUGUACUCCAACAAACCAACUGCAAGCGGUGAAGUGAUCAGGUUUUACCAACCGAGUCACGAGGAGAAGCAGAAAUUUGGAGACAGUGAGCAUAACAUGAAGGCAUUGGUUGAGAUAUAUCUGCUUAGCUUGUGUGAUAAAUUGGUGAUCAGCUCAAAGUCGACCUUUGGCUAUGUAGCUCAGGGAUUAGGGGAUACUCGGGCCUGGAUCCUGCGAAGACCAGGACAUGGGACCAAUGAUCCAUGUGUGAGAGACCUGUCAACAGAUCCAUGUUUUCACUACCCUCCUUACAGGACCUGCAAUGCUGCUGGAAACAACAACAGCAGCUAUGUUGAUGUUGCUGAACAUGUUUCUUAUUUGAAGCAUUGCGAGGACCAGAAUAGGGGAGUCAAACUAGUUGAUGUUCAUGAAGAGUUGUAGCAAGAGGUGUCAUGGUAAUUAAGAUAUUCGAUGUUUAGUUUAGUGUGAUUGAUUAUUUCAGAGGAAUAGAGCCAAUUUUUGGUCUCGUAUCCAUGGAGCUUUUCGAUGACAUUACUGGUUUAUUGUUGACAAGUUAAAGUGUUUUGUUGUCUUUGAGAAGUCUAGUCGAAAUGUAAGUUUGCAG